AGAGAGGGAGACUCCUGGGGGAGGAGGGCAGAGCUCUUGUUGGAUGAUAGGGAAUGCCCGUUAGUUGCGUCUGCCGAUAAUAGCACAUCAGCCAGCGCGCUGCUAUUGGGGGAGCAGAGCACAGGCAGCACGGAGGACUGAGUCGCUCAGCGCAGAAUGGUACACCAGAGAUAGAGACGUGAAGAGAGAGAGAGGGAGGGAGCGCAUCCGCACAUGUAGACCUGAGGAGGACUGAGCAGGAGCAGGGCAGUAGGGAGCAGGAGGAGGACAAAAGUUACCCGGUCAGCAGGAGAUCGUAGAGCAGCUGAGACUCACUUGGGUCUCAGUCCCACUGGAGGAGCCAAGCACAUCAAUGAGCAGAGCAGGAGGAGAGUGAUAUUACAGGAGGGAGGGCUGGGACUUCUUCUCAGAAACACCGUCCUGUCAUAAGGCAAGGGUAAUGCUCCCAACAGGACCCUGCUGCACAGCUUACUUCAGGAUUAUCACAGGAAGGCAGCAGCUUUAAGCAGAGGACCCGUACUGUAAGCCUGCCCAAAGUGCCUGCGCUGGUCCGUUCAGCUCUUUUCUGCACGGCAGACCUCCUGGAAGUGGAUGUAGUUGUGCGUCUGUGUGCCUUUUGUCAUUUUUCUUCUUCUUCUUCAAAAGUGUGAAGCAGUGGAGGAUUUGAAGGGCAAGUUGUUCUGUCCUGUCAUCUCUGGGACUAUGUUAGACUGUGCAUCAGAGAAGCCCUCAUCAGCAGCAGCAGCAGCAGCUCUAGAGCAUGGAGAAGUCCAGCAGUGAGGAGUCAGCCAUUCACCGUAGUCCAUCCGUAGACAGCCGUGAUUCUGAUUUCCCUCAAGCCUCCACGUCUGGCCGCCCGUUCGGCGGCCGCGGCUUCACUGCCGGCGCUUUCUACGGCUCCACGGGGCCGCGCAAAAACGCACAGCAGGGGCCGGCUGGAGCGGCAGCUGACACCGGCGCCGGAGACAAGACCAACAACAAGUACAGCUCACCCAAAGGCAGCAAAUACGUGGUCUUUUACCUGGAUCUAUCCUUUGUGUUCCUUUUAGAAUUCAAGAAGUGCAACAUGGCGAGAGGCUGCUUGUGCUGCUUGAAGUAUUUGAUGUUCGUCUUCAAUCUCAUCUUCUGGUUAUGCGGCUGUGGGCUCCUCGGCGUGGGCAUCUGGCUGUCUGUGUCGCAGGGCAGCUUCGCCACCUUCUCACCUUCGUUCCCGUCUCUGUCAGCUGCCAAUAUGGUCAUCGCCGUCGGCGCUAUCGCCAUGUUGACGGGCUUUCUGGGUUGCCUGGGUGCCAUUAAGGAGAACAAGUGCCUGCUUCUAAGCUUCUUCAUUGUACUGCUGAUAAUUCUCCUGACAGAGCUGAUCCUGCUCGUCCUCUUCUUUGUCUACACGGAUAAGGUGAGAGAGAAUGCUAAGCAGGACCUGAAGGAUGGGCUGGCCCUGUACAACUCAGAAAACAACAUAGGCCUUCGAAAUGCAUGGAACAUCAUCCAGGCAGAGUGGAAGUGCUGCGGGGUAAUAGCGUACACAGACUGGCACGAGGCCCUGAAGGAGAAGGUGGUUCCUGACCGCUGCUGCCAGGAGCAUUACCAGAACUGUGGCCGGAACGCCACCAACAUGUUCUGGAACCGGGGCUGCUUCGAGAAAGUGGAGGAAUGGCUGGAUGAAAACAAGCUUUUGCUGGGAACCAUUGGCAUGGUCAUCUUGGUAGUGCAGCUCCUGGGCAUGGCGUUCUCCAUGACGCUGUUCCACCACAUCCACAGAACAGGAAAGAAGUACGACGCCUAACCUCGGGCAUAGCCCCACUGCCUGAUGGGAUGAGACUCUGAUUCAAACCUCCAUGCUUUCCUUCUCACUUUACAACUCCUGUAAAGCAUCCUUCACUCAGCCGCCUCCCUGGGCCUGUACAGAUUCCAGCUGUGUUCCUGCACCUUUCCUGCUCUCUCCUCCUAUCAUUCAUUUUGCCAAAGAGUAACACAACUGGAACUGGAGGAACUGAAGGGACGCCUACUUUUGGCAAGCAAGAGAAUAACAUCGGCUAUAAAUUAAAUAUACCUUGUUUAUUUUUCUCAUCUUCUUUUCUUUUUUGCUUGGACUAACAAUUUGCUGGAAGGAAAGUUGGAUUUUGAGACAAUAAAGACUGAACUAGUGCCCAUAAAGCAUCUGCGAGGCAAAGAAUACCCAUGAAACUGAAACUGAAACGAUUCCCCUCUUUUAUUGAGGGUUUUUAUUUUUUAUUUUCAUGUUGAGCAACACAAAGCCCCUGUUUUCCCUUGUAAAUGGAUAAAGACCCAAUAUGGCAUGCUAGUUUUAUACUUCACUGACUUACCUGUCUCCAAAAUUUAGUUUUAAACUCCUUAGAUUUGUUUUUGUUUUUUUAUGAGAAUUAUCUCCUGUAGAAUGUAAGCACUGAGUAGUUCAGGAUCUGUUAGCUGUGCAGCGUGUCGGGUGGGAUUUGACAUGUCAGAUUGUUGUUUUUUUUUAUUGUAAUCCAUUAUUAUUUUUUUUUACUGAGCUGCAGAGCUUUGGCAAAAGGGAAAGUGUUGGAAGAACAUGGUGUGAACAUGAGGAAUUAUUGUAGGAUUUAUUUCACAUAGAAAUCUGCAAAAUCUGCUGAGUGAUAAACUUAAAUUCCCAAAUCUGCCCAUAAACACAGAAAUUCCCCUGAGAGGCAGCCUUCCCGGCGUUAAACCGUUGCUUAUUAGUGCUCCGUGAACCCAGUCGGUCUGAAGGGAUCCGCGUGAUGAAGCUCUUUUUCUUUAAGGCUGGAGAGUUUUUGUGUGUUUAGCUCUGUGUCUUUGUUUGAUCACUCAGUCCAAAUUUCAGAGGGGGUAAAAAAAAAAAAUAGAACGUGAGAGAGGAAAGGCUAAGAGCGGACAUGUUUUCUCACUGCUGCAGACAUCAAUCUGCUGGCAGGAAGAGGCUGGAGGCUUUCUCUUUAAGCUCUCAUCCAUUCAGCCGGCCUGAACUCAGCCCUGCCUCCAUUUCUCUGUUUACACCCCGAUUCUCUUCCCACAUGUCAGGAAGCGGUGAGUCUGACAUUCCUGCUCAUUACUCAGUCACACCUCUGCUUUGCAACCUCACAUAUUUCCUGUAAGCUUACAUUUCAUGCAGCCUAAAGAGGAACGGCGUGUUUGAGGGGGGGGGGCAGAUCAAAGCUGAGGAGGAUAGGUGAGGCAGCACGCCCUGUAGGACACGUCUGUUUAUGUCUGUUUACGCGCUGAUGCACCGCAGGAGGUUCAGGCAUCAGUCUGCCUCCUGUAGACCAAAAAUACUCUUCAUCUGCUGGUGACUUGAAGAGAAUGCCCCCCAGUUUGUCUGUGCAGAAUCUCCUCAGGUAGAAAGAGGUGUGAAGAGCUACCUUUAUUGGAAGCGGAUCGUUUUAGCUUCGGCUGUCAGGCUCGGGUUCUUAGUUUUUGUGACACAUGCCGGGUAAAUUGUUUUGACGGCAAAAAAGAUUUAAAAGAAACAGCAGAUGAGGAGACAAGUUGUUAAAAAAUAACAUAUCCAGAUGCACUGCUCUAUUUACACCGAGCAUACUCAGUUUGUAGGUGAUGUACGAUUUCACAUGACAGCAGGUCUACAUGUCCGCACAAAGUGAAAUAGGUCAGUGUUAAAUUAGAGAGUCGGUGAGUGGUCGGAGAUGGAAACUGGAGCAGAUCUGGCUGCAAAUUAAACACGAAUGAUCAGAUAUAUGCAGAAAGAAGUAAAAAAAAACAGAAUAUGUUCCUUCAACCCUGGAUGUCUCCUCAUUUCCUGCUCCGUCUAUGUCCUCUAGACUCUAAAAAUGCUCUUUUAAAAAUGUGUUAUUUCAACAUUAGCAACACAUUUUCUGCAUUUUUUUUAGGAAAGCCAUGAAUAACUUCAGUCUUCACCACACAGCAAUAAAUAUCCAGUCAUUUUUUUGUUUUAUUUUAAAACGUUUAAAGCCUGUUUUAGCUCAAAGUGGAUAUUUAAAAGAAAACAUAAAGAGCAUAAAACUUUAUAUGAAAAAACUAAAAUAGAAAUGCAGUUACAAUGGAAAAAGGAGACAAAGACUGUUUAAAGUAAAUUACCUGAAAACAAAAUCUCAUACACCACCUGGCCAAUUUGCAAACAUGUUUAUAUAAAUAUAUAAUAUUCAAAAACACAGACAGUUAUACAAAAAUGGAAUAAGAUAAAAGAUUUGAAAACAUUUCAUCCUCUCUCUGCAGCGUCAUCUUUUCUGCUGCUGCAGCGCUUACCUUUUUUUUUUUUUUUUUUUGCAACAUAUCAUUGUGUCUCUUAUUAUAGUUAGUGGCUUUGUUUGUUUAGAAAUCCCCCCCCCCCCCCCCUCUCAUUUGUAUUGUUCGCACUGUACCUCGCUAGGCAGAAUGAGGUCGAGACAGCAGUGCAGCUUGAUUGGUGGCAUUCUGGUUCUGUUUAAAUCAGAGCAACCAUUCAGCUAAAGCCUGAGCGCACGGCACAUGAAAGAAACUGGAUGCCUAUAGCGCAGCCGACUGAAUAAAUGACUUUAUAAUCCCCUGUAGUUCUCCCCCACCAGCCUGCUAUUCACCUGUCCAAAAGGACUUUUUCUGGAAGCAGAGGGCUUGCAGAGGUCCUGCAUUCACAGCCGGUACCUCCAAAGCAGCCUCUGAUUAUAGCCAUUAGAGCCACACGAGGCUUGAAGCGGCUGUAAUCUAAAUUUAGUCCCAAGUGUUGCACGGAGGUUUGUUUUUUUUUUGCUUAAUUUGAAGAUUUAACUCUGUAUAUUUCUGCAACAUGGUUUCACAAAGAAAUGAGGAAGGGGGAAUUUAUAUUUACUUUUCCAGUAAAUAUAAAUUCUCCAAGUCCUAGCAGAUUGCUCGCCUCACAUCUUCUCCACGGGUCAUUCUCGCUGGGUUUUAAUUGGCUUUAUGGCUACAUAAUCUGAGCGACGGGCUACAGAGUGUAGCUGGGGGUGUGGCUUUAUUCUGCAGAUUUAGAUUUAGCCUGAGAUUUACCGUGUGCCCUUCUUGGCUGUGACUCUUGUUGUUCUGUCCAUGGGGUUAACAUGACAGCUGCUGCUGUACAGUGCAUGCACGAGCAGUCACCCCCCCCCCCCCCCCCCCCCCCCCACUGCUGGGCUGCCUCCACAAACUCAACACGACUGUGUUCUCCCUUAUUUACCGCCUCGCUCUGCAGACGUCUGGCUCCACAUACAGACACUGCAGAGAAACAGCUCAGCUCUUUGCGAAGCAGAACCUGUGGGGUAUAUUCUGCACUGGGGGGGGGCGGGGGGGGGUUAUAGGAGGAAGCAGUGUAACUGUGACUGUUACAUGAAGCUGGCUGCACUGUACACCUGACAGAAAGAGGAGGAGAAAAUCUAGCAGAAUAUUUCACGACGCUGCUUUGUCUCAGAUUUAUUAGAAAGGUCUUUAACCGGAUGACACAAGAAACACAAGGAACCAAAAUGUUGGAAAUAAAUGUUUCUAAAUGUGACGCUGGGGUUCAGAGCGCCAGCCUGCAGACUCUGUAACGCUUCACCGCUGACUCAUCUGACUAUGCCGAGAUUCUGUGUGUGAACUCUGUUUCAACCCUGCCACCAUCACUUAGUUUCUAUGUUUUUCUGUUUUUUUUAUUUUUUUUUUAUUUUAGAACGCAGGGCCAAAUGACAUUUUCAACAAAAGCUGUCCAGUGAUGUUAUUUUCGUCCGUUGGUUGUUGCUGUUUUUAAUGUUUGUUUUUUCUACUGUUGCUUUUCGUGUUGUGUAGGCAGUUUUUGUUGGCUUUUCGUCUCCAUGCGUGACAGAUGCUCCACUGACUCUCAUUGUACGCAGAUGACACCAUUAAUUCAUUUUUUCCACAGGGGAUUAGUCUUGGCAGCGCUUCUCUACAAGGUGCAAAAAUGCCUCUUUUUUUUUGUCUUAAUACCGCCACAACCGCGUAAAUUCAGAAUGAAAGGAAUGAAAAUGGAGCAAAUACACUAUAUUUCCAGAGGUAUUAACUGGUCUGCCUUCACACGCUUUUAAACCUGGGGGACAUAAAUGUCCUAUAUCUACUAUUGUACAUAUGAUGGCAACCCACCCUUUGCAUCUAUAACUGCUUCAAGUCUAAGAAGGGAUUUUUGACCACUCUUUCAUAGACAUAUUUAUGAGAUCCAACGCUGAUGGUGGAUCAGAAGGCCUGGCUCUCAUCUCUGCUCUAGUUUAUGCAAGCCUGUCAAGCCCUUUCACACCAAAUAUGCUCACCUGUGUCUUUACAGACCUUUUGUGCAUUGGCCCAGAGUCAUUUUGGGAGUGGAAGCGGCCAUCCACAAACUUCCUACUAAGUUGGGAGCAUGAAAUGCAUGACUUCCCUACAGGAAGCAUUAACUUCAACUGGAUCUAAGGAGCUAAAUCUAACUCCUAUAAAUCAGCCUCAAAACGUAAUCUCCGCUCCUCCGAACUCUACAGUCAGACAGGAGCUGUUCUCCUGGUACAGCCGGACUCAUCUAGUGGAAGGCCAGACAGAGAAGCACGACUUAACCCCAGAGUACACAGUCUUCAGACCGCUGCAUCCAACGCUUUGUGUUGUCCUUGGUGAGGCUUGGAUGCAGCAGCCAUGGAAACCUCGUCCACUGACCUCUCCCACUAUCACUGUUAUUGAGCUGAUCUGAAGGGCAUAUAAAGUCCGGGGGUCUCCAUCUAUAGACUCUGCAGACGGUUAGUGACCUCGGCACACUGCACCUCAGCAUCCGGCGAUCCGGCUCUGUGUUAUCACACGGCCUACAGCUUUGUGGUUGAGUUGCUGUAGAUCCCAGUUGCUAUAAUACCAAUAACAGUUGAAUGUGGACUAUUAUUUGUCUGUAGAAGCAGUCUGCCUCCUUAAGUUCUAGGUUUUAUACACCUGUGAUCAUUCAAGUGGUUGCAACAUCUGCAGUUUAUUGUUUCGGUAGGUGAGCGAAUACUUUUGGUAAGCUAGUGUAUCACCGGGGCAUGUCCCCAAAAGAGACGCACCCCCUGCAUCUCCUAGUUCUAGUCUAAAUAGAUUAGGAUGUGCAGAUAUAACCUGCAGUGUGUCUUUUUUAGCUGCUCAUGUCAGACCCGUUUUGUGUUUCCAGAGCAUUGUCUGUGUGUCGCUGAGCCACAGCGCUCAUGUCACUCUGCUACAUCAGCCCAGGGUGUCAGCGCCAUGUGUAUAUACAAAUAUCUAUGCUCAUUUUACAACUGAUACAAGUCAGUGUUUGCUUCAGCGCAAAUGAAUAUAUUUACACUGACAGCUCAAUUUUCUAACAGACCAUGUGCUUUCAUGCUUACUUAGACAUAUCUCCUUGUACUGUAUGUGUCUGUUUUUCUUGUUUGCUGUUUUUCCUCCACUUGCAGUGUAAAUUUUAUGUAAAUUUAUGUUUUUAUCAGUGAGCUUUUUCAUAUCUUGUUUGAAUGGAUUUUUGAUCUUGUAGUAAAAUUGUUUUCAUUUCAGAAGAAGCCUAAAAUAUUCUUUCUCAUCCCUCGGUAAGUCGCAGCGAUGCUGAGGACAAAAUGCAUCGCAGCGAUCUGGGUUUGCGUGGCUGUGACGGACUUUGAGCAGUUUCUUUAUUUGAAUCACUUUAUUUUUUUAUUUUUUUUUACCACCAUCGGCAUAUUAUUUGCGUAAUCUGCUCCGGAUCCGUCUUCUGAGCUGGAGCUGAAACUUUGAGCUGUGGAAAUGAUGCUCUACAGCAGAAACGUGGUGUUUGAUGUUGUGCUCUGCUCGGCGGCAUUGCCUGAUGCCUGCCAACAUCCUCCUGUGACUUCCUGCCACAAACCUUCACCAUCCAAGGUGGUGCACUUACCUGCUCCUUUCUCUCCAAAUCAACUAUUUUUUAAAUAAAGGAAAGUGUGUCACUAAAUCCCGGGAUACAGUACAGUCAUUGCCUUUCAUGUUUAAUGACUCAUUGCUUCUGAUUAAAUCCCAUUUUUUUUCCCUUGCUGUCAGUUAUGUAGGCCACAUUAAAAGACUGAUUCAGGUUUUAUGGAGUGGUGCUGGUGGUGGUGGUGGAGGAGAAACCUGGCACCCAGAGCAAAGAGAAGAGGUGUCAGUCCAGAUCCCACGAUGUGUUUAAUGAAAGCGAGUGGCUUCCCUGCCUCAUAGCAGCCUCUUUCUGAUAAUCCUGGAGUUCUCCUGAAGAUGAGCUAAUGGCAGUCGGCAGGUUGAGCAAAUAAGCUUUUUAUAAAGAAUUAAAGGGAGGCGAUGAAAGUGCAAAUCAUCGACAAUUUGUCUCACGCUUUAACAGAGCAGGGCGAGCAGCAACAUACUUCUGUACAGAUCGUGAUCCUGCUUUUUAAACUAAUUGUCAUCAGAAGUGUGUGUGUGUGCGUGUGUGCGUGUGUGCGUGCGUUUGUGUGUGUGCGUGCGUGCCUCUUUUUUUCGUUGUUUCUACAUCACUGUUCUUUCUAUGCAAAAAACUAUAACCUAUUUUAGCCUUUGUACAGAUUAUUUUGUAUGAGUAACAUGUACUGAAAUAAAGUGAAAGUAAUCUAG